AUGCAUAUCUGUUGCCCGCUUUGUAGGGCUGCUGGCGAGGACAUUGAUCAUCUUUCAUGGGAUUGCCAGUUUGCUAGGCAGGUUUGGAGCUAUAUUUUUGCUUGGUUCCAUGUUGAUGUCACCUCGAAUUUGGAUGUGGGGAGUUUUAUCAUCUGGGCGAUGCAGAUUCAGGCCAGUCGGCAGGUGACGAACCUUUGGCGUGUCGGGGUCAUGACUACUAUCUGGAGCAUCUGGAAUCUUAGGAAUAGAGUAGUCUUUGAUGAUGCUUCUUUUUCUGCGGUGAACUUGACAGUCCAAAUCAAGGCCCUCAUCCUGGAGGCCUCCCGUUUUAGCCUUGGGGAGAUGAUGAAUUCUGUUGAGGAGCUUCUUGUUCUUCAUGGCCUUGGGAUUCCUGGCAACCCUCGCCGAUCCAUUUCUUAUGUUUAUGUGUUCUGGAUCCCCCCUCCGCAUCCCUGGCAUAAGAUCAAUAUUGAUGGUUCGAUUCAUGGUUCUCUUCCUUGUAUUCAUACUGGCGGCAUAGUUCGUGGCAACGGAUCGGUGAUGGGGUGUUUUCACUUCUCUGGUGGCCGUGGUUGGGCUUUUGAGGUUGAGCUCUUUGCUCUUAUUAUUGCUUUGGAACAGGUCGUCUCUCACGGUUGGGAUUUCAUCUGGAUUGAGACGGAUUGCACUUACAUUGUGGAGCUCUUUUGA